AAUAAAGUUUCGCAGAUGACCUUUGACACCAAGAUGUCAGCCUACAUGCCGCUUUUUGUGAAGAUGUCACCGUCAGCCUUGGUGGGCAUAAAGUGCGUUUUUAAAGAGCAGUUUUGUUCUAGAAAGAUUUUAAAAUACCUAACAGAGCUCUACAGGCGAGGUUACUCGGUGACAGCUGGCCAGGCGGCGACGGCGGUGGAGGUGGAGAGCGGUGUGACCGCCGCCGGGUUCAGCGGUCCUUUGGAUCACUACAGCGGGCUGAUACGAGCCGGGAGCCUGCGGGAGGACGAGCACCAGAGAGCGGUACUGCAGAAGCUGGACGAGCUGCACAAAACGCUGAGAGGAUACACCAAUAGACCCACAUCCAUCAUGUCGAGGUUUUUCUCCAAACCAAAGCCCCCUAAAGGUUGCUACAUCUACGGCGACGUCGGCACCGGGAAGACGAUGGUGAUGGACAUGUUUUAUUCACAUGUGGAAACGGAGAAGAAAAAGAGGGUCCAUUUCCACGGUUUUAUGCUGGACGUGCAUAAAAGAAUCCAUCGGUUGAAGCAGAGCAUGCCCAAAAGGAAAGUAGGGAAAAUGGCCAAAUCUUAUGACCCCAUUGCUCCGGUCGCCGAGGAGAUCAGCGAGGAGGCCUGUCUGCUUUGCUUCGAUGAGUUCCAGGUCACAGAUAUCGCUGAUGCCAUGAUCCUAAAGCAGCUUUUUGAAAAUCUGUUUCUGAACGGCGUUGUUGUCGUGGCGACGUCCAACCGUACACCUGAAGAUUUGUAUAAAAAUGGCCUCCAGAGAGUCAACUUUGUGCCUUUUAUCGCGGUGCUGCAGAAAUAUUGCCAAACUCUUCGCCUCGAUUCAGGGAUCGACUACCGCAAACAGAACAGGCCUUCUGCGGGGAAACUUUACUUCCUCUCCGGUGAACCUGACGCCGAGGCAGCGCUGGACAAAAUGUUCGACGAGUUGGCUUUUAAGCAGAACGACAUUACCCGGCCGCGAGUUUUAAACAUUCACAACCGCAAGGUCCGUCUGAACAAAGCGUGCGGGACGAUCGCAGACUGUACGUUUGAGGAGCUGUGCGACAGACCUCUAGGGGCCAGCGACUACCUGGAAAUAUCAAAACUGUUUGACACCGUCUUCAUCCGACACAUUCCUCUGCUGACUCUCAACAAGAAAACUCAGGCCAGGCGGCUCAUAACGCUCGUGGACGCGCUCUACAACCACAAGGUCCGGGUGGUGAUCCUCGCCGAACACCCGCUGGAGGACAUUUUUGUUCACGACGGGGAUCACAGUCACGACGAGAGUCACAUUCUGAUGGAUGACCUGGGGCUGAAAAGGGACGAAGCCAGAAGUCUGUCCAUCUUCAGCGGGGAGGAGGAGAAGUUUGCCUUUCAGAGAACCGUUUCUCGACUCACUGAGAUGCAGACGGAAGAUUACUGGCUGGACGGGGACAGAAGCUUAAAAACUUCUGAAAAAUAAGAAUACAGGGUACUUUAUGAACUGCUCUCUUAUAUGCCAAAAACAAAAUACUACACUACUCCAUCUCCUCUUGCACGGAGCACCGGGGGUCUGCUCAACAGCAUCUGUGCAAAUGUGCAUACAAUAUUUAUUAGUAUCUAAAAUCAUUUUAUCAUUUAAAUGCAAAUUUGCACUUUAAGGAUGAUUUUAAGGUGGAUUUUUGGGGAGGCGUGUUGCUUUUAAUCCAGUGUCAUAUAAUAACUCAAGUUUUUAACUUCUCUGUUGUUUGGGGGGAAAUAUAUAAAAACACAACAUGGACAGUUUAUAGAGAUGCAGUCCAGCCCUUUACUGGAGGUUUAUGAGUCUGUUUUGUUUUGAGUAUUUCAAUGAAAUGAUUUCUUACCGAGUUGUAAUUUAUCUUAAUAAGUCUAAGUGGAUGGAUCAGUCCAGUCUGACUGAAAUGGUUUCUGAAGAGAAGAUAAUAGAAAUAUAACUACUUUAAAUCUUGGUUUCUAAUUUGCAAAGAGAUACUUUAAUUUUAUUUAUUUAUUUCCAAAAUUUCAGUGGACAAACAUGAAUUAUUCAUGCCACUUUUUGGCAUUUAGUCAACCAGACUUUCAUAUAUUUAAAGGGGAUUUUGUGUGAUUAGACCAAUAAGUACCACAUAUUUAUAGGGUGGAAUAAUAAUAAUACAAUUUUAUUUAUAGUGCACUUUACAUGUAAAUCUCUAAGUGCUGCAAAAUGACAAUUAAAGCAAUAACCAAUGUAAAAACUAAUUUGAAUUAAAUGGAAGGAAAUCGAUACACCAGAACAUUUUCAAGUCAAACCACAGAUACUUUGGUUGGUACUGAGCUGUGGAUCUCUGCAGCUCCUCCAGAGACACAGUGAGCCUCCAAUCUGCUUUUUUACUUUUUAUUAAACCAACCAGUCGAGUUUCAUCUGUAGAGCAUGAUUUAUACAUUCAACUGGAACUCAAAGUGCAUUACAAAGGCUAGGAGCAGACAAACACGAUGAAAUGAUCAAAUCAAAGGAAACUAGGUGAAACGGUAAUAAUUAUUGGUGAUAAAACAAUGAGGAAUUAAAAGAGAGAGAGAAAGAGCUCAGUCAGGAGAACUGUGGAAAAGCACUUAGAUUAGCCAAGAAACACUUGAUAUCAGAUCAGAUACAGCUUAUAAAAACGCUGAAGUUAGGAAAUAAAGUAGAAUUACAAUAAUCUAUGAGAUUAUAAAUGACUUUAAUCUUCAACCAAAAGCCACAGGACUGUUUGCUUUCAAAUUAAUACAUUGGAUGCAGAAUGCGUUAAACGUUAUAAACCAUGUAUCGUUUUCUUUCUGAUUAUUUUGCAUCGUUUUCCAAGCGGCUGCUCACUACAAAUACAGAGCUAGACUCCAUGACUAAUCACUUCUAUCUCGUUUUAUGACAAACGCAACCUAAUCUGCAUCAUCAAUCCCAUUUAAUGCCGUUUAUAAAUGUAUCUCAUGUGACUUAACACUUUAAAUAAUGUCCUGAUCCUUCAGAUUCCUCCAUGAGUUUCAUCCUCUGCACCAAGACAAACACCUGGUUUACUGGAAAUGGUUCGUCUUCUCAAAGGCGACACGUCGACUGGCUGACAUUUAACAUGUUAACAUUAAUUGUGAUGCAUAUGCACUUCUGAAAACAAAGACUGCAGCAUGUGGGAUGUGAAAGUGAGAAAACGCUACAUAAUUUAAGUUCCUGUGCAGCGUUUGUUUGGUGCAAACACACGGGUUUUGUCCUUAAAAUGAAGCAUUGUGUUGUCAUCACUAAAGAUGUGAAACAAACUGAAAAUCCGAAAACUGUGAAGGAUGAAAAAUGUUUUAAUAUCAAAUUGUUUAAUGAAACUGGGAGGCAUGACCGCACUUCCCUAACCAAACGGAGCGAGAUUUUAAAAUAUUUUGUAUGAAAGAAGAACUUGUUUUGGAGCUACGGGAAGAGAAGAGGGUGGUGUGUCCUUUUAAGGCUGAGAAAUAAAGAAAAGAAUGUUGCUUUAGAUUUUUAAAAAUGGGUAAAUAAACUAAAACUCAAAGACGUUCA